UCACAUGUGGCGGAUCAGUUGUGAUCUGAAGUCGUGGCGAUGCUAAGAGGUCUCCAAGGAGGCUAUACGAAAAACAUGUGUUUCUUGUGUCUUUGGGAUACCAGAGUUAAAGGAAACCAAUACGAAACGCAUGACUGGCUUGCUCGAGAUCCCACGGAGGAAGGACACAACUGCGUAAAUGAUCCACUGGUGCCAAUGGAGAACGUCCUCAUGCCCCCUCUCCAUAUCAAACUGGGACUCGUAAAAAAUUUCAUCAAGGCCAUUGUGAAGCAACCGAAAAUUCUUGAUUGUUUGAAAAAUAUUUUCCCACCAAUCAGCGAAGCAAAAUUGAAGGAAGGUGUUCUGAAUGGACCGGAUAUACGAAAGCUCAUGAAAUCAAAGGAACUUAAAGGUGCUUUAGACGGUAAUGAUUACUUUGCGUGGAGGGCAGUGAAGAAAGUCAUACGAUAUUUUUUGGGAAGUACGCGAGCACACAAUUACCCCGCUCUUGUGACCAAGAUGUUGCACUACUUCCAGAAAAUUGGAGUGAAUAUGUCCCUCAAAAUUCACUUCUUGCAUCACCAUCUCGAAUACUUCAGCAAGCAGCUAGCCUCAGAGUCGGAUGAAUAUGGCGAGCGCUUCCAUCAAGUGGCAAUGCCAAUGGAAACGCGAUAUAAAGGCAAAAGGCUCGAUUCGCUGGUGGCUGAAAUUUGUUGGUGGUCGCAAAAGACGUACGAUCCCGACAAUGAAGAUGAAGAAGAAGAAUAUACAAUGGGAGUUUCCUCCGAUGAUGAAGACAGAUCCUCAUCCGAUACAGACUCUGAACAAGUGGGCGAACCACCAGGCAAGAAAGUAAAGGGCGCAAACAAACGAAAAUAAGGUUUGCGUUCAUCGAUUUUUAUAACCUAUGUAUCUAUGUAAUAACCUAAUAAUUACCUGUAAUAAUUUUUAUAC